ACUAGACGCGGGGGAUUCGGCCUCGCCGUUAUAUGUUUCUGCCCAACCUUAGGUGCCGUGUAGUUUUCUUGACUUAUCUUAGUAUGUCUCGGACUAACAAGAGUCAUAGGCCACCGGGUUUGAAAGGAAAAGAGAUAGGUCUUUGGCAUGCUGCUCAAUCGAAAAACCGAUGCAAAGGUGAUUUGGACUACCAGACUAAGUUUGCUCCUAUGCCUCUUGUCGGCCUGAAUCUUCCGAAAAUUCAGUCAGUUAUACAAGAAUUUGUAGAGCCAGUUCCUGAACUCCCUAAAACUAGUAAUGAACAUAUUUCAUCCAUGUGUAAACUCCCAACUCUCAGUACUUCGCAACAAACUCCUGAAGAGGAAGAAGCAGAAGAAUUAUUUGGAGAGAUUCAAGAUUGCUUUGAUGUCUCAGUGGGUCCAUGCUCUGAUCCUGAUCAAAUGUUAUUAACAAAAGAAAGCUUGGCUCGAAAUCCAGACAUCGAUCAUGAGCUCUGUCUUUCAAUGCGGAACGGCAUGAGUUCUGCUGCGUACAUGAAAAUGUCAGAAUCCAGGUGUGAACUCCCAGCAUACCAAUUCAAAGAAGAUAUUGUCUCAACUAUUCGAAAUAACCAAGUUGUUAUAAUAAGCGGUGAAACAGGUUGUGGGAAGACUACACAGGUUCCACAGUUUAUUUUAGAAGAUCAGGUCUUAGGUGGAAAUGGAUCUGUUACGCGUAUCAUUGUAACACAACCUCGGCGUAUAAGUGCUGUUUCGGUUGCUGAACGUGUAGCAACUGAAAGAGGACAAUCUAUUGGAUCUUCCGUUGGCUAUCAGGUCCGAUUAGAACGCCGAUAUCCUCAACGUCCUCAUGGAUCUAUCAUGUUUUGUACGACAGGAAUUAUUCUUCAAUGGUUUCGUUCUGAUCCACUUCUAAAGAAUAUCAGUCAUAUGAUUGUUGAUGAAGUACAUGAACGAGAAUUUUUAUGUGAUUUUCUAUUGUGUAUGCUAAAACGAAUUGCUCCUCUUCGUCCAGAUCUUCGAAUAGUUCUCAUGUCGGCAACGAUCAACGCAGAAAAAUUCGUUGAAUAUUUUGACAAUUGUCCUAAAUUUGAAAUUCCCGGUAGAACCUUCCCAGUGAAGACAUAUUAUUUAGAAGAUGUUUUGAGAGAAACUAAAUUUUGGUUGCCAAAUAAUGCUAUAACCGCUUUAUGCCGUGAUCAAUCACGUACAUUAAAACAGCGUCUUUUAAAAUCUAAUCUUUCAAAAAAAGAAGCUCGUAUAUUAUCUUAUGGAAAAAGCCCCGAAUUCAAUAAGUGGUUGCAUUCAUUAACAGGAUUAUCGUCCAAUGCAAUAGAAAUUUUACGUAGUGUUGGAGAAGAUACCUAUCCUCAAACCGAUCUUAUUGCACAUUCAGUUGAGCAUAUUUUACAGAAUACACAAUCGGGUGCAAUACUUGUUUUUGUUCCAGGUCUUGUCGACAUAAAAGAUGUAAUCAGAUGUUUGCGUGAAUUAAAUCCAAGACGAUAUGAUGAUCGUUAUGGAAGUGUUAGAAUUUAUCCAUUACACUCAAGAAUCCCCACGUCUAGAGAUCGCUCACUGUUCGAACCCUCACCAAAAAAUCAAAGAAAAGUGAUUAUAGCAACUAAUAUCGCUGAAACGAGCAUAACCAUUCAAGACGUAGUUUAUGUGAUUGAUUGUGGUCGUAUCAAAGUGACAGAUUAUGAUCCAAGACAAAACACAUCAACUUUAACUGCGAUCCUGGUUAGCAAAGCCAAUGCAGCUCAGCGUUCUGGAAGAGCUGGCCGUGUACAACCUGGCAUCUGUUAUCAUUUAUUCCCAAGUUAUGUAUACAAUAAUGUUAUGUCAGAUUUCCUACAACCGGAAAUGUUACGUGUCCGUUUAGAAGAUGUAAUUUUAAGAAUAAAAUUGCUAGGCCUUGGUCGUGUAAAGUCUUUCUUAAUCAAUUGUCUUGAUUCUCCUUCUGAAGAUGCUAUCUCAAAAACUUUAAUAUUUCUUAGACAAAUUCAAGCUCUGAAAUUAAUCAAAUCGGAAACAUCGAAUUUCAAUACAUCUCAUUCAAUAAAAUCUCAUGAAAAAAGUCAUAAAGUCAAUCGAAAGUCUCUUCGAGAAUUUUCAGAAGCUGUUAAAAAGGAUGUAAAUGCUUUUGGUGUAGAUUCUUUGGAUCCUAAUUGUAUCCAUUUAGAUUCAACAGAUGAAGAUGACGAUGAGUUAACUCCUCUUGGUGUACACUUAGCCAAUUUUCCACUGGAUCCACAAUGUGCUAAACUCUUAAUUUUCGGUGCAUUAUUUGGUUGUUUAGAACCAAUUUUAGCUGUCGCUUCGUGCUUAACAUUUCGUGAUCCAUUUGAAGUACCUUUAGAAAAACAACAAGAGGCUGACCGAUGCCGAAUAGAAUUGUCUCAGAAUUCUCUAAGCGACCAUUGGGUAUUUGCUACAGUUAUUCAAAGUUAUCAAGGACUUAAUUCACAAAUGGAACGUCAUCAAUUUUGUCGAAGAUAUUUUCUUAAUGAACGUACUAUAAGGGAUAUUAUUCGACUUAUGAAUGACUAUGCACAAUUGUUAUAUGAACGAAGGUAUAUUGCUACUCCGAAACCUAAUGAUUCGAAUGCAAACUGUAAUCAAUGGAAUAUCAAUCUUUUCCGAGCAAUAAUGUGUGCAGCAUUAUAUCCAAAUAUUGUAAAAGUGGAUCCAAGAUUUACUAAAGAAGGCAAACCUAAAGUACCAGUUAUUAUGGCUUGUCCAUCUGAGGGUAGAGCAAAUAUUCAUCCAUCGUCAGUAAAUAGUAAAAUUCAACCAACUGAGCCUAUAUGGAUGGUUUAUUUUACAAAAACUAAGCUUGAAUCAGGAUCUUAUCCAUCCAUAUUCGACUCAACUGUCAUAUCACUGAGACCUUUGUUAUUUUUCAGCGGUAAUAUAGAAAUAUCAAAGAAUGAUACAAGUCUUUUCACCAUUGAUCAAUGGAUUAAAUUCAGCGGGGAGUUAAAAGUAGUCAAUUUAUUGAAAGAUUUACGGAAAUGCAUGGAUGGACUGUUGGAACAGAAGUUUAAAAGUCCUAGCGUGGUUAACUGGGAUAGAACAAAUAAGGAAGGACGACUCCUUCAAACUAUUGUGGAUCUAUUAACAAGUGAACCCCCGCCAGCUGUUCAACUUGAGAAAUUAAACUUAAAAACAUUCUCCCUAGGCAUCCAUAAAUAGUUAUUCGCACCACUGAUAACCCUGUAGAUAUAUGUUUUAACAAUUCUGUUUGUUAAUGACUUAAAAUAAAUCUUGUCUAUCAAGAAAAGUAACUUUUCGAUCCGUUAAUUUGUGCAUUGUGGGUUCGAUUACUUAACAUUGAACAGGCUUAUGUAUUUUUGCACAGAGAACUAAUAUUGAUACCCUAUGUACAGAAAACUUCCAAAAUCAAACAAGUUAUCAUCGCGUGCAAGAGAAAAGUUGUUUAUUUAUGACCCGUGUAAAUUCUUCUACAGUCGUAAAUCCAAAAAUCUACCACAUGAAUCAAAUCACUGUAUGUUAAGAAGCGGAAAGGAAAGGGUUCUUAUAGUCAGUAAGUAAAUGAACAAGAGUAGCAUCCAUUAACACAGUAUUCAGUUAAAAAAAAUUCGCUCAAGAAAUAUUUUACUAGAAUAGUAAACUUUCAAAUUUCAUACUAAUCGUCUUCUAUCUUCAGUGUUGUGGUGAUACGAAUGGUAUCUGUGUUUAUUGGCCCAAUGUGUUGAAAGUGAUCAUAGGUGUAAAGUCGGUCUGAUAAUCUGCCAUUCCCAGAAUACACAUACGUCUUCGGGUAAAUCAAUGGCCUGAAAUAUCGUCGCAUACAUGAGGCUCUGUCAUAUUGUGACGACCCUAACCUAUCUGAUAAUCUAGAACAACAUAUAUAAGCGAACAAUAUUGUUUUCGAUUAGAUCCUCAUCAGGCUUUACUCUAAUAUACAGUAAUAUUUAUAUGCAUAU